AUGAAGUGCGUUCUUCAAAAUCGACCACCAGCUCAAUUCGAAAUAACUGACGCUGUUUAUGCUAUGCUUAAAGCGACUGCAGAAGCAAACAAUCUUGCUGCUAAAGCUGUCUCGAAAGAAUUUUAUAUUCGUGCAAUGGAACAGCAUUGUGGUGGUGAUCGUCCAUAUAUUCACCCAAAUCAAUUAGAACUAUUACAUAGUGAAGUACGACGUGAAUCAAUAGAAAAAUUUCGUGUUGCAAGAAAAAUGGGUGGUGAACAAUUAUCACAAUCGUAUCAACAAGAUUUAGAAAACGAAAUAGCAGAAUUAUUUUUAAAUUAUAAAAAACAUAAUGAUAGUAAAAAUGUAUUUGCCUUUAGUCGUACACCAACAACAUUUAUAUCGUGUAUGGUCAUAUGUUAUUUAAUUGCUGGUCUAUUAGAUGUUAUGUGGUUAGGUGGAUUAAAUUUUAUCUUUAUGUUUGCAUUUUGGGUGUGUUUUGUACUAUUAACUGUAUGGUUAUAUACAAAAUAUAGUGGAGAAUAUUCAGAAAUUGGAGAAUAUAUCGAUUAUUUUGCUGAUGUUGUAUGGAAUAAUGCCUUCCAGCCAGCUUAUUCACGUUGUAUACGGUCUGCAAUGCAAUCAGUUUUGGGUCACACAAAACCUGACUGA